ACCACCAUGGCUGCAGGAGUCUUGCCUCAGAAUGAACAACCAUAUUCCACUUUAGUGAAUAAUGAUGGGCAUGCUGCAAACAUGAAAGUUGAACAAUCUGUCCAAAGCAGUCCACGUGGGACUUUGCCUGUGCAGCUCUGAGUGGGAAUCAGUACUUUCUUUGUUCGUCACUAUGGAAACAAGUCAGCCUAUCCUGAAUGGCCUUUAGAUCAUGCAGAAUGAUGCUCAUAUCUCAAUAUAAGUUCAUCACAGAGCAAGCUGGCACUGACAUCUCCUUGCCUCCAGCUCUUCUGGGAGCCCAGAGUCAUGCAGGAGCCACCCAGACGACUCUCGGCCGUCCCCUUCCUCAGCAACUUCUUCCAGGGCCGCCGGCACUCUGCCGCAGACCCCAUCCUGCAGCUGCCACAAAGGCAGUGCUGCUCUGCCACUAAGAUGCUUUCAUCCUCCUCUCUCCAGGUGAUGGUGGCGGUGUCCUCUGUCAGCUGUGCCAGGAGAAACCCAACUUGCCCCAAGAGAAAAAGAAAUUCAGGACGUCCAACACCAAAGUAUACAAAAGUCGGAGAGCGUUUACGGCAUGUCAUUCCUGGACACAUGGCCUGCUCCAUGGCAUGUGGGGGCAGAGCAUGCAAGUAUGAAAAUCCAGCCCGCUGGAGUGAGCAGGAGCAGGCCAUUAAGGGGGUCUACUCAUCCUGGGUCACUGAUAACAUCCUGGCCAUGGCUCGCCCAUCCACUGAGCUCCUCGAGAAGUACCACGUCAUUGAGCAGUUCCAGAGCCAUGGCUUAAAAACAAUCAUCAACCUGCAGCGGCCUGGUGAACAUGCCAGCUGUGGGAACCCUCUAGAACAAGAAAGUGGUUUCACCUAUCUUCCUGAAGCCUUCAUGGAAGCUGGCAUUUAUUUCUACAAUUUCGGAUGGAAGGACUAUGGUGUAGCAUCCCUUACUACCAUCUUAGAUAUGGUUAAGGUGAUGACAUUUGCUCUACAAGAAGGAAAAGUAGCUAUCCAUUGUCAUGCAGGGCUUGGUCGAACAGGUGUUUUAAUAGCUUGUUAUUUAGUUUUUGCAACGAGGAUGACUGCUGACCAAGCAAUUAUAUUUGUUCGGGCAAAACGACCCAAUUCCAUUCAAACUCGAGGACAGCUACUGUGUGUGAGGGAAUUUACUCAGUUUCUGAUUCCUCUUCGAAACAUAUUCUCUUGCUGUGACCCCAAAGCACAUGCUGUCACCUUAGCGCAAUAUCUGAUCCGCCAGCGGCAUCUGCUUCAUGGUUAUGAGGCGCGAUUUCUGAAACAUGUGCCAAAAAUUAUCCACCUCGUGUGCAAAUUGCUGCUGGACUUAGCAGAGAAUAGGCCCGUGGUGACAGAAAAAGUGGUAGAAGUACCUGGCCUCUCUGCCGAAAUUGAAAAGACUGUUUCUGAGGUGGUCACGAUGCAGCUGGAUAAAGAGUUACUGAGGCAUGACAGUGAUGUGUCAAACUCUUUCACCCCCGCUGUAAUGGCAGCAGAUUUUGAUAAUCAGGAUGUGAUUCUUUCCAGUGAGCAAGAGUUUGACCCUCUUUGGAAAAGACGGAAUGUUGAGUGCCUUCAGCCCCUGACUCGCCUGAAAAGGCAACUCAGUUACAGCGACUCAGAUUUACAGAGGGCCGAGUCACUUCUGGAGCAGUCAGGGACUCCAUUGACGGUGCCUGCUCAGGUCUCAUUUUGCCACAACCCCAGGCAGCAGACACCCAUAAGUCACUGUGAUGCUGCACAGACUCCACAGCUGGAAUUCAAUAAAGAAACACUGGUCCGUAAUACAUUUUCUUUCUGGAAUCAGGCUAAAUUUGGAGACCUAGAAGGUCUCAAAGAUGAUGGGUCACCAAUUUUCCAUAGGAGGAAUAUUCCAAAGGAAGUACAGCGGAGUAGAACCUUCUCUUCAGGUGUUUCAGGUUCGUACAACCCUGGGGAACCAUUUACAACCAGCUUUGCAAAUAGCCCUAAGGAGCCACAUCAUUCUUCCCAGCAAGGAACCCAGUGUCAGUGUGGAGCUCCUGGUGGUUGCAGCCUGUACUCUGGUGUGGAGGACAGUAAGACCUGCUGCAACCCUGUGAACUGUGGCUCCAGCCCCAAAGCACAGUCCUUGGUUGGACCAGAAACCCAGGAAAGCAAAGAUGUGCCUGAAGUUGCUCCACAUACUGCUCUGCAGUCUGGAUUGAGUGUUGAAGAAAGGAGAAUAAUGGCGGCCAAAGCCCUGGCAAACUUAAAUGAGUUUGCAGAAAAGGAAGAAGUGAAGAGGAAAGUAGAAAUGUGGCAGAAAGAACUAAAUUCCCGAGAUGGAGCUUGGGAAAGAAUAUGUGGCGAAAAGGAUCCUUUCAUCCUGUGCAGUUUGAUGUGGUCUUGGGUGGAGCAGCUGAAGGAGCCUGUGCUAACCCAAGAGGACGUGGGCAUGUUGGUUGACAGACAUGCAGAUGCCGCAGAAGCGCUGUUUUUAUUGGAGAAGGGCCAGCACCAGACUAUUCUUUGCGUGUUACACUGCAUAGUGAGCCUGCAGACGAUUCCCGUGGAUGUUGAGGAAGCCAUCCUUGCCCGCGCCAUUAAAGCUUUCACUAAGGUUAAUUUUGAUUCUGAAAAUGGACCAAUAGUUUACAACACUCUGAAGAAUAUAUUUAAGCACGCACUGGAAGAAAAAAGAAAAAUGGCAAAAGACAGCCCUAAGCCUAGUGCCUAGUGAAACUGACUUUCCCUGUCAUGGUGAAUAUUUCAGACCUGAUGAUCCAGACAGCAUUUCUGUUCCUAAGUGAACAAGUUAAAGUGUGGAGUUACUUCAUCUCCUAGCACUUUAUUUCAGAUGCUCUUUGUACUGAGAAUGACUGUUCCUGUUUGGAGCAAUUAUUUAUUUUAACAUAUUGUUGAGCUACAUUUUUGCGUUGGAAAAAUUGCCAUAAAGUCAGUGCCGCUUUCUUUUA